UUAACAUGUUAAGUCAGAUCAGGAAGUGUGAUGCUGUGACAGUAGAGAAGGAAGCGGGCACACAAUGGCACUAUGUCUGCCUCCUGGUCUGGUAGCAUGAGAGGCCCCCGGGUGAAGACCCCUCUUCUACUUCUGUUGUUGCUGCUGCUGAGCGCUCUGACUCAGACUGUGUUAUGCCAAGAUGAAGAAGAGAGUACAGAUCCAGUUGAGGAAGAAGCAGAAGACAGCACACAAGUCCUAGAAGACGAAGCAGGCCCAGAGUAUGACGGCGGCACAGAGAACACAGACCCAACCCCAACUGAAGUUGUUCCUGAAGAGGAGUAUACAGCUGAAAAGACCACAGAAGAAGAUAAUGGCUCAGGAGUUAGCCCGACACCUGAUGCCACUCCAGAAACAGAUGACCCCAGUGUGACCGACACAUCGGAAGAGAGUUUGAGCUUCAUCAUCAUCCUGAUCCCUGUGGUGCUGGUGGUGCUAAUCAUCAGCAUGAUAGUGUGCGGCAUUUUCAUCAACCGCAGGUGGAACAAAAAAGCAAGAAAUCAAGAGCUGAAACAGGAGGAUCCAUAUCUGGACGGGUGCAGUACAGAGAAGGUGCCAAUGCCCAUGUUUGAAGAAGACGUGCCCUCUGUACUGGAGCUAGAAAUGGAAGAGUUGGACCAGUGGAUGAAAAAGGAUGGUGAGACAACAGAGGACACCAAACAUGAAUAAAUCUAUUUAUGGUUAACAAAGGACGCUCUCCCGGUAUGCAAGGACACACAGUCAUCAAUGCACUGUUGCCAACUUGGAUGUUCUGGCCUUCCGGCAACAUUUGUGACCACAGGAACUAUUUCGACUGCCAGGAAAUAACACUGAGACACUUAAAGCACACUUACAACCAAAACUUUCAUUUUUACAGCAAAAUUAUCCGUAAGUAAAGUCUUCAGUGGACUUCAAUGUGCAAAGAUUGGGCCAAAACGUUAUAUUGUGGUUCUUUUGUUAUGAGAGUAAUCAGUGUUGUGCUUUCACAUAUUAUUUCUGUCAUGCUUUGCCUGUUUUGAUUGUAUUGUUUGUUUUACUGUCAAGCAGUAAUCAGUUAUGUGAGGUAAAUGCACAGUAUUUUUGUGUGAAAAGUUUAAAGUUUAAAACCAAAAAAGCCCCACAAACAUUUCCUUUUUGGCAGAUUCACUCCAUUAAAGAGUAUGUUAACACGUUAAAGCACAUUAGGCCAAAACUCUUCUCCACCCCUCACAGAUAUGACUGCUCAUAGUUUCUACUGAAGGCUUCUCUUCAGCUCAAAGCCUCUUUGUUACACUAUGUGACUCCCUGCAGCUACAGGUUUUAAUGGGGAAAUAUCCUGUUGAAGAUUGUAGGCAUGCAUGACAAAGAGGGCCACUCCUUCUGUGCAGAGGAGAAAGUGUUUUUUAUUCAGAAACUGAAAUAAGUGUGAAAUCAGAUGGAGUCUACUUCUGAGUGUAUUUCUGAGUUUGAUGAAUUAUUGCCUGUUGCUGAAACAGCUUUCUAAAAGCUGCUACUGAUAAGAUUUUCAUCUCACCAUAGAUAAUGACUCUUUAAAUACUUGUCUACAGAUGCUGUUCAGAUGUUUUGUUUCUCAUUUUGGCUUAAAAGUGUUGAAUCUAAGCAUCAUCACACAGAUUAAAUUUGAGUGCAGCUUUGUAUCUGUCAGUAUUUUGCAGUAUCUUGCACUGUAAAUAUGAGAAUACAGUAUACCAAAAUGUUAUUUUCAAAGAAUGCCUUUUUUAAAUAUUUCAUAUAAGGUAAUUUUUUUUUCUGAUGAAGCUUUAAAUAAAAAAUCAAUAAAAAAAAUCUCUUUUUUA